UUGGUUUGGACAACAGAAAUCUAUGGUUUGAAGAUCAGCAGUUUGACAAAAAAUGGCCAAAGAAGUUAAGCAACGAGAUACAUCUACAACUGGGACUCUGUCUUUGUCUCUCUCAAUUAACCCCACACCUCUCUCUCCUCUCUUUCUUAGUGUUUCAUGUUUAUUUUUCUCUCUCCCGAGUUCACUCAGUGUCUCUGUCGAUGGACAAGCAGCAGCAGAAUCAUUAUCGUCAUCAGCUGUCUUUGGUAAAAAAUUCCAGGCAGCGUUGCAAUGAAUGGAUUUUCCGGGAUGUUAAAAGUGAUAUCACAAUAGAAGUAAAUGGAGGGAGUUUUUCUCUACACAAGUUUCCUCUUGUCUCUCGGAGUGGACGGAUCAGGAAGUUAGUUGCGGAACAUAAGGAAUCUGAUUUCUCGAGGGUGGAGCUUCUGAAUUUACCUGGUGGUGCUGAGACAUUCGAGUUGGCAGCUAAGUUCUGUUAUGGAAUUAACUUUGCAAUUACAUCUUCAAAUGUGGCUCAGCUCUGUUGUGUCUCCGAGUACCUUGAAAUGACCGAGGAGUUUUCGAAUGAUAAUCUCAGCUCGCGAGCCGAAGAGUAUCUCGAGAGUAUCGUUUGCAAGAACCUGGAGAUGUGUGUUGAAGUGUUACAACAAUGUGAACUCCUACUCCCUCUUGCGGAUGAGCUGAGAAUAGUUAGCCGUUGCAUUGAUGCCAUAGCUUCAAAGGCUUGCGCAGAGCAAAUAGCAUCGAGCUUCUCGCGCUUAGAAUACAGUAGUUCAGGGAGACUUCAUAUGAACAGGAAGGCCAAAUGUGAGGAAGACUGGUGGAUAGAAGAUCUUUCUGUUAUUAGGAUUGAUUUGUAUCAAAGAGUCAUGACAGCCAUGAAAUGUCACGGUGUCCGUCCGGAGAGUAUCGGUGCAUCGCUCAUAAACUAUGCACAGAAGGAGCUGACCAAGAAAUCCAGUUUGUGGAAUCCAUCCGGACAGACAAAAGUUGAUUUCCUUUCGACCGAGCACGAAUGUCUGGUGGUUGAGACGAUCAUUAGCCUUUUACCUGUCGAGAAACUUGCUGUUCCUAUUAGUUUCCUUUUCAGACUUCUUAGAAGUGCAGUGAUGCUUGAUUGUAGUAUUGCUUGUAGGCUUGAUCUAGAGCGGAGGAUUGGUUCCCAGUUGGAUAUUGCAACUCUUGAUGACCUUCUGAUCCCGUCUUUUCGGCAUGCGAAUGACACCUUAUUCGAUGUUGAUACAGUACAAAGAAUACUGGUAAAUUUUUCUCAGCAAGAUGAUAGUGAAGAUGAUAUGGAUGAUGCAUCUGUUUUCAAAUCGGAUAGUCAUCAUUCACCGUCUCAAAGUGCAUUAUUUAAAGUUUCGAAGCUAGUGGAUAAUUAUCUUGCAGAAAUUGCUCCUGAUGCAAACCUCAAGCUUGCCAAGCUCAUGGCCAUUGCAGGGACUUUACCUACACACGCCCGUACGAUCCACGAUGGGCUAUAUCGAGCCAUUGAUAUUUACCUGAAGGCUCAUCAAGGUUUACCAGAUGCAGACAAGAAGAAGCUCAGCAAACUGAUUGAUUUCCAAAAGCUUUCACAAGAAGCCGGUGCACAUGCUGCACAAAACGAACGACUUCCCCUCCAAUCUAUAGUCCAAGUUCUUUAUUUCGAGCAAUUAAGGCUGCGAAACGCUUUGAGCUGCUCUUAUGCCGACGAUGACCACAAGCCAGUGCAUCACCAAUCCUGGCGGAUCAGCAGUGGUGCACUCGGUGCAGCAAUGUCUCCGAAAGACAACUAUGCAUCUUUAAGGCGAGAAAACCGGGAACUAAAACUCGAACUUGCUCGGAUGCGGAUGAGAUUAAAUGAUCUAGAUAAAGAACAUGUUUGUAUGAAGAGAGAUAUGUCGAAGUCUAGUUCUCGUAAGUUUAUGAGUUCCUUCUCAAAGAAAAUUGGUAAACUGAGCUUCUUUGGACAUAGCUCUUCGAGAGGAUCAAGUUCACCCUCGAGGCAAUCCUACAGAACGGAUUCGAAGGUGAUUGAGAGGACAUGUGCAAGCACCGAUUAGGCAAUUUAAAAUGGCAUGCCUGUAUCUGUUAAGGCCAUGAUUUUGGUAACCUUUUAUGUCAAUGUUUUUUUCACUUUUCUCUUCUUUUGGCCACAUUGUAUAUGAGUUGUGAUGUUUGAGUUACCUCUAUGAGUUUUCAGCAGCUUUUUUAUUUUUUGUGUAA